AUGCAUACAGGAGAAUAUGAUGUUGAUGAUUUAUUUUUUCCGAAUGGAAAAUUUCUACAAGGCAAUGAAGCAGCCAUGGUACUCUACUCAAUAUUUGUAUUUACUAUGAACAUUGUAAUUAUGAAUAUUAUGGUUGGUCUUGCAGUUUCCGAUGUAAAACGUUUUCGUGCAAAUGCUAAGUGUGAACAUUCACGUGCACGUAUUGAAACAUGUCUUGGCUUACAAGCGAGAUUUGGUCUUCUCUGUGAAACGUGUUCUCGAUUAGUACUUGCCUUAUCAAGACGCUCGUUGUUCUUGUGCUUUCAAAGCCAAGUUACACAAAUUCAUGAACUAAAAAAAUAUCAUCUAUGGAAAUUAGAGUUACGUACACCACGUGUUGAUUUACCAUCAACAACAAAUAUUUUUACAUCUGGAAAUACAACUGAUCAGAUUCAUCGUAAUACGCCAGCAAGUCGAAGUUCUCGACAUCUUUCAACAAGAGAAUAUGUUAUAUGUGAAGUUGGAUAUUAUCGACAACGCAUUGAUCGUGCAGGUGAACCUUUAUUCCAGGAAUAUGAUCAUAUACGGGUAAUGCGUAAAACCGAUGAAUUAAGUGAUGCUUUUGAAAAGGCUAAUUCUCGUAUUUCAUAA